UGUUUCCUUCUUCUGCCGUCUUUUUCCCCCACUCUCCCUACUCGAAAGCAACAGAGGCCUAACUCCUCGUCACUUUCCCGAUACACUCUUUCCUCCAUUGCAACCCAACCAGAAGUCUGUCUCUGUGGUCCCUAGCUUAGGAUUUUACCUUCAGCAUUUGAUCUUGUCCGCUCUACCUCCGGUUCCUAUUCCUUAAUCCCAGUUCAAUUAAGACAUAUGCUUGUAGCUCCCUGAAUUCCUCUUUCACUUUUAUUCUUUUCCACUUCUCCCAGGAAUCCCUUCUUUUCUAGUAGCUGCAGGCCAAGAUAAGCACUUCUCUUUAUGCUCCCAAAAAAUCCAUCCCUUAUUUCGUGUUAUUUUUUUCUGUAAUUUUCGUUUGGACAUUUUGUCUUUUUUUGGGUUUCGGGUCUGUGUAUAUCUUGAUUUAGCUCCACUUGGGAUAAACUUUUCGACAUCGCGAAUGGUACUUUUAGCGAAAAGCUGUUAAGGGGUAAAUCCGGAGGAGGGAAAAUGUCGCCGGAAGUGGGGAACAUAGUGGUGGAGGAGAGGUUGGAGUUUGCUUUUGCCAUGGAAUAUCACGGCCCACCAAUUACUAGCGAGCUUCCGCGGGCGGUGCCCAUCAAUGUCGAUCGGAUUCCGGUGGCCGCGGUGGUUUCACAGAUGCCUUUGCCUGAUAAGUUGUCCUUACCAGUAGUUCAGCCAAUAUUAGCGAAUAAUUUAACUAAAAAGUUUUCCAAAGAGUUGAAAUUCCUAGGGUCUGAAUCCAAUGUUUCGCCAACUUCUGUUAUUGCGUUUGAAUCGCCAAAUGGUGCUGUUAUUAGGGAUGAGUCUCUGAGUAAAGAACUAGCUUCAGGGUCUGAAAUUACUGUUUCUCCUAGCUCGGUAUAUGCAUUUGAGGAAAGACGGCCUGGUAAUGAUGGCUGCGAUUUAUCAGGAGAGUUAAGUAGUUCUCUUGAUACGCACUAUCCCUGCGGUCAAUAUGAAUCAGGAGAGUUGUCUGGUAUGGUUGAUAGGUCAAAUGGUUUGGGAUCUUCCUCCAUUAGCCAUGAUCACUCACGCGAGUUGUUGAACGGGGUGGGGAGUUCCGGGCCAUUGGGAUUCUCUGGCAGCUUUGAGAAGUCAAGGGAAUUAUCAGAAAGCUCCCGUAAAAUGAUGAUUUCUAGAGACUAUAAAGGGAGUUUGGACUAUAAUAAUGAUUUGAACAAGCCUGAUUGGGCCUCAAAUGAGUCGGUAAUUAGUGUGGAUUACCCGUCUUCUCGGGUAUCCUCUCUUAAGGUUGCAGAUGGCUGUAAUGAACCUGGUUGUGAUGUGAAACGAGCCCCAGUUGUGACUUUCUGUGAUAUUGAGUCUGAGGAUGAGGACUCUAAUGACCGCUUUAGUCGAGCUGGUCCUGAGGUAGUUCGUGCAAAGAAGGAACCUGCAGUCAGGGUGAGGAAAGGGGCAUGUUAUAGAUGCUUGAAAGGAAAUAGGUUUACUGAGAAGGAGGUCUGUACAGUUUGUGAUGCUAAAUUUUGCAGUAAUUGUGUGCUGAGAGCAAUGGGGUCUAUGCCAGAAGGAAGAAAGUGCCUUAGUUGCAUUGGUUUUCAGAUUGAUGAGUCAAAGCGAGGUAAUUUGGGAAAGUGCUCUAGAAUGCUCAAGCGGUUGCUCAAUGACUUGGAGAUCCGUCAGAUUAUGAAAGCUGAGAAACUAUGUGAAGUAAAUCAGCUGCCACCAGAGUAUGUCUGUGUAAAUGGAAGACCUCUUUGUUAUGAGGAGCUAAUUCUUUUGCAAAGCUGCCCAGCCCCUCCAAAAAAAUUAAAACCAGGAAAUUAUUGGUACGACAAAGUAUCUGGUCUUUGGGGAAAGGAAGGGCAGAAGCCUUCUCAAAUUAUUAGUCCCCAUCUGAAUGUUGGUGGUCCUAUCAAGCCAGAUGCUAGCAAUGGAAACACUCAGGUUUAUAUUAAUGGCCGUGAAAUCACAAAAGUAGAACUAAGAAUGUUGCAGUUGGCCGGUGUACAAUGUGCAGGAAACCCACAUUUUUGGGUGAACGAGGAUGGUUCUUACCAAGAAGAAGGACAGAAGAAUACCAAAGGGUAUAUCUGGGGCAAGGCUGGAACAAAGCUGGUUUGUGCUGUUCUCUCUCUUCCAGUUCCUUCAAAAUCCUCUUGUGCUUCUGGAGAUCAAUUCAGUAAUAUUGUCAGUCAUACAGCACCUGACUACCUUGAGCAGAGGGCACUCCAAAAGUUUCUUUUAAUUGGAUAUAGCGGAUCUGGAACAAGCACCAUAUUUAAGCAGGCCAAAAUACUUUACAAAGACGUCCCUUUCUCAGAGGAUGAGCGUGAGAACAUUAAACUAUUGAUCCAGAGCAAUGUGUAUAGAUACCUUGGUAUACUUCUCGAGGGGCGCGAGCGUUUUGAAGAGGAGAAUUUGAACGAUUUAAGGGUAAAUCAGCCUUCGAGUGAAGAUGAGCUCAUAGGGCGUACUGAUGGUGGAGAGGAACAAACCAUCUAUUCCAUUUGUCGAAGGCUGAAAGCUUUCUCUGAUUGGCUUCUCAAAGUUAUGGUGUCAGGUAAUCUUGAAGCUGUUUUCCCUGCUUCUAUUCGGGAAUAUGCCCCUCUGAUUGAGGAAAUGUGGAGCAGCUCAGCCAUUCAGGCAGCCUAUAAGCGGAGGUCUGAGCUGGAAAUGCUACCAAGUGUUGCUGGUUAUUUUUUAGAGCGGAUGGUUGACAUACUGAGAUUCGAUUAUGAACCAACUGACGUGGAUAUCCUUUAUGCCGAGGGUGUUACUUCAUCCAAUGGGGUUGCUUGUGUGGAUUUCUUAUUCCCCGAACCAGCAUAUGAAGAAAACUUUAACAGCAGUGAUCAACAUGAUUCUCUGCUCAGGUUCCAGCUUAUCAGAGUGCAGUCAAGAGGAUUUGGAGAAAACUGCAAGUGGCUGGAGAUGUUUGAAGAUGUUCGAAUUGUCAUAUUCGCUGUGGCCUUAAGUGACUAUGAUCAGUUUGCCGUUGAUGAAAAAAGAAGCUUGGUGAACAAGAUGAUGUUGAGCAGAAAGUUCUUUGAGAGCAUUGUUUCUCAUCCAACUUUUGAUCAGAUGGACUUUCUUCUAUUGCUUAACAAAUAUGAUUUGUUCGAGGAAAAGAUAGAACGGAUUUCUCUAACCAAAUGUGAAUGGUUUGAUGAUUUUCAUCCAGUAACGAGUCGUAAUCGUGCCAACAGUUCUAACAGCAGUGUCAACCAUGCACCCUCCUUGGGACAGCUGGGUUUCCAUUACAUUGCUGUCAAAUUCAAGAGGUUGUUUUCUUCUCUCACCGAUCGAAAGUUGUAUGUUUCAUUGGUGAAUGGUUUGGAGCCAAAUAGCGUAGAUCAAUCACUCAGGUUUGCAAGGGAGAUUGUCAAGUGGGAUGACGAGAGGCCAAAUUUUAGCGCCAGUGAGUAUUCAGUUUAUAGCACUGAGGCAAGUUCUUUCUCUCAUUGAUACCAGGUGAGGCUUUAGAUGGCUUUUGUAGCCGAGAUACGUCAAUAUACAGCACCACUGUACAGAAACAGCACCACUGUAUAAAACAAGAUAAUCAUAGUUCUAAUGGUCAGACGUCUGGAAUUUGGUAGUGUUGUGAGUUGUUGCCGCCGGCUACUGGGCUGGCAUGACAUUAUUGUGGACUGAAUCACACCGAGUUGGAUGCCAAUACACUGCUGGUUAUGCUUUAACACGUUCUCGAAGUGAUUUGGUUUUCUUCUGAUAUCACUGCUACUUUGACAUAGUUGCUGCGAGCUUUGACACGAAUGGAAGAAAGAAAAAUACCAGUUCUCGUCCUUGCAAAUUCAUUCAACAGUUCGAAAUGAAGAUCUAUGAUGAUGGUGAUAUUUGUAAAAUGUAAUUUUUCCAAUGUUUAUGCUCUACUUUCCAUCCAGCCAGAGCGUGUAAAUUGUACAUUAAAAGUGUGGAAGGAAUCACUCUAAUCUAUCUUUGAGUAGUAUUUAGUAAGAGGAAAUAUUAGGCCUUGCUUGGAUUGCUUGUUUCCGUCGGAAAA